UUUAUAACCAACAUUAAAGGGAGUUAAGCUUGAAAUAUUAUUAUGAGAGACAAUAUACAUUCAUUACAGGCCUUGAGUAAAUUGAGAACAGGCUAUCUAUAGACGUUAUCUAUGAAAGGAGGCGUACAUCCGAAGGUAACUUUGUUUCGUUACAUUUAAGAAAAGGAUAUAUAUCUUAUUAUUGAUAAACCUUAUUAAAAAUCUUUGAAGUUUAUCUGGAAAAUAGUGAUACCUAACAAUACAAAAGAAAUGGCGGUAUCAGGACGUAAACAAGUAGACUUGCUAGGAUCAGUAGCAGCAGGAUCAGAAGAAGACUUUGAUCACUGUUGUGACCCAUGCCUUACCACAGGUCAACGUAUAAAAGCCCAUGGAUUUUGCGGCACAUGUCAGGAAUACCUUUGUAGUACCUGCCUGGAUUGUCACAAAAAGGCAAAAAUUUCCCGGAAUCACAAUAUUCUAAGUAAAGAUGAAUUAGAUAAGUCCCAUACAAAGCAGCAAUCAUACAACGAAUGUACCGAAUUAUGUGCAGCUCAUAAAAAAGAAGUUAUAAAAUUUUAUUGCCCAUCCCACAAUGAGCUUGGAUGCAAUGAUUGCAUGACUUUAGGCCACCGAACGUGCAAAAUUGAGUACAUACCUGAUAAAUGCAGAGGCAUUGCAGAGGGCAAGGAAUUCGAUAACGUCAUGCAAAAACUCAGCGGAAAACUUAAAGAAGCAGAAAAAAUCUCUCGAAUGGCUAAAGAAAGAAGUAAUGAUAUAAAUAAAUGCAAUAAAGAAAUAAUCAAAGCAAUAACAGAAUUCCGAAAAGUAAUAAAUGACCGCCUUGAUCAGAUGCAACAAUAUGUUUCAACAACUGCUGAAGGCAUAAAGACAAAGAACAUUAAAAUCGUUCAGAAGGUCCUUGAAGAAUGUGCAAGUAUGAUUUCUGAUAUAAAAAGUCUGCAAUCAAAGCUAAAUGUAAGCAAAUCAAAUCAACAGCAUAGUCAACUCUUCAUUGACAUAAAAUGGGCUGAGUCUUCACUGAAAUCAAAUAAAUUAAAUGAUGCAGAAAAUUCUUUGAUAAAUACUAAUAUGCACUACUCAUUUGAGCGAAAUUCUGACCUUGAAUCAUUGUUAUCGAAAACAAGGGUCUUUGGUGAGAUUGUCAGUCAUUCUUGUUAUGAACCGCCGAAUGAGAUGAAAUCUGUUGAUUGUCUGAUUGUGAAAGGAGAUAUCAAUGUUAAAACUUCAUCGGAUAAAAUGACAUGUGAUAUCACAGGAUGUGCAGUUAUCAACACAAAUAAACUUGUUCUAGCUGACUACACCAACAAAAAGGUAAAAUUGGUAUCUAUAGAUAACAAACUUGUACAAAAAGAGAAAGCUCUAGACUCGAAACCAUUUGAUAUUGCUGUAAUGUGUCAGGAUCAGUUCGCUGUAACAAUGCCGAAUAUCAAAGAAAUAGUUGUGAUGACAACAGACAACAAGCUAUCAUGUGUCCGCAGUAUUAAAGUAGAUAGGUCAUGCUAUGGUAUAGACUAUAAUCGGGAUUGUCUUUAUGUUGCUUGUUUGUAUCCUUCUAGUGUGAUUGUACUGAAUACACAAGGUGAUAUCCUCAAUAAAAUCACUCUGAACUUUCUUACAUCUGAAUUUGUCCCGUAUAUUGCUGUGAGUAAGGAUUCCAGACUUCUGUUUAUCAGUGACCGUGUUAACAACAGUAUAGUGAGUGUAUCAUUACAAGGGACAGUUACAGCUACAUAUAAGCAUACAGAUCUUAGUGGACCACGAGGAAUGUUGAUGUUAGAUGACGGGUCAUUACUUGUCUGCUGUUCUGUUAAUGGAACUAUUCAUAAAGUCAACGGAGACUUGAAACAAGGAAAUAUAAUGUGUAAAGGUGUAACCAGCGCUCAGACAAUAUGCUACAGUGCCCACCAUGAUGAAGUUUAUGUUGGUUGUUUCGGUACAAGUCUGAAGGUUUUUGGCACAAAUGACAUUUAGAUACCGUUUGACUUCAAAAUCAAUGAUCACUGAUUGCUAUUCAUUGUUAAAUGCAAUUCAAAAUUAUAUAUUAUAUUAUAUUAUAUAUAUUUUAACUUUUUAACCUUAAAAUAUUUUCCAAUAAUUUAAUUUGUGAACUUAAUAUAAGUUGAUUGAAAUUUUGUUAAAAAAUAUAUUGAAAUGAAUAUUAAUUCAUUUUGCACAAAAUUACAAAUAAAGAUAACGUUUGACUUGAAAAUCAGUCACUGAUUGCUAUUUAUUGUUAAAUGCCAUUCAAAAUUAUUUAUAUUUUAACUUUUUAACUUUAAAAAUAUUUUCCAAUAUUUUAACUUGUGAACUUAAUAUAAGUUGAUUGAAAUUUUGUUAAAAAUAUACUGUAAUUAAUAUUUAUUCUUUUUGCUCAUAAUGACAAAUUUAGAUACCGUUUUUUUCUCUAUAUUCUAAUUUGUUAUCACCAAUAUGUGUCAGUUGAAAAUAUAUUAGAAACAACACUGAAUUUAAUGUUCAUGUUUUAGUCAUUCGUACAGCCUAUAUAGCGCUUACUUAACAUUAUUAUUCAAAGACAAUGAAUAGUAAACUGGUUGUAAGGUUUGCAUGAAAAAAUAACGUAGGAGUGGUGUGAUGUGAGGAUUUGGAAAUCAAUGAAUCACUUUGUGUAAGUGUGCACUCAGACAAAAUUUAUGCAUAUGUUGUAUUUUUAGCUGAAUAUGUAGAUGUUGUUUUUUUCGCAGUCCCAAAAAUUCGAAAUGCGAGCACAUAUACGACUACACUCGAUUUUGUCGUAAUUUCGUGUUGAGCAUUUUUGUGACAAAGUCGUUUAAACUACAAAUCAUGAAAGAUUUAUACUAGUUUCAUAACACUUUUCUUAUUUCUGGCUGCUAGGCAGUGGGGCUACUACGCAGCUUUAUAUAUUUUUUCAAGCCCGUAAAUAUAUUUGUAUGUCUAUAGUUUUUUUCUGAUACCCUGGACAAUUGAUUCUUAUACAUUUUAACCGCUUUUUGCAUAUCUAGUAUAUGUUACUAAAUGCUACUAGGAUGCUGGGCUAAAAUAAGUUUUGAAACCUGUUGAUAUUGCUAUGCCCGAUGUUGUGUCUAUCCGAAUUUACUUGUACCUUUAACUGUUUCAUAAGCGUUUGGUGAUCCAGAUCGACCACUUCGUUAUUAUUUCAUGUUUUAAGUAUAAUACUAAUUGUCACAGUAUAAUUAUCGUUCAUUUAACACAAUUGCAUGUUUUAAUAUUGAUAACAACCAUUGAUAUCACGCAAUUGUCCGUAUAUUUAUGUAAAAUCCAGUCCCAGGUAUAUUUGUUGUUGUUGCUGUAUGCUCCGUGUGACGUCACAAUCUAUUCACGUGAUACGAGGUACACAACAACACAAAACAGUUAUAGUAAAACCUCAGUCGAAGAUCGAGAGCUCGACCGGGUGGUCAGUUAGAAAAUGGAGUAAAUUAAUCUGAAUGGGUUACAUAAUUAGUUUUUAAAGAUAAAUAAGGUUUUACCAGUCAUUGAUCCAUAAUAGAAUAACUAAUCAUUGAAUACUAUAGAUAGAGACCCCUUGACCAGAUCGGGUCAAGAGUACUUAAUGUUACUGUUUUCUUAAGAAGACUAUCAGAUACUUGGAACUGGAUAUAUGAAUUAAAUCAUUAACUUUAUAAGUGAGAUUGACAUUAAAUUGAACCAGAAUUUGUUUAUUCUAAGUUGUUAUAUAAUAUUUCAGAAAAAACUGAAUUUGACCGAAUCCGGUCAAGGUAUAUUGAACAAUCUAUAUUUGUAUAUAAACUGUUUAAGUGUUUAAUUGCUAGUGGUCUGUUUGACCCAAUAUUAAAAUAGUGUGUAACUGGAA